AUGACAGUGAGACCUACAACUUUGAAAGACAAAAACGUAACACUUACCAAAAAUGUUUCAGUAAACCUCGGCAUCGGUAUACCAACACUUUGCCCGAAUUACAUCCCAGCUGGAAUCAAAGUCCAUCUCCAAAGCGAAAAUGGUGUGAUUGGAGUGGGUCCAUAUCCAAAGAAGGGCAAGGAAGAUGCUGAUCUUAUCAAUGCCGGUAAAGAAACAAUCACUUUGCUGCCAGGAGCAUCCAUUUUUGGAAGUGACGAGUCAUUUGCA